UUCAAAACGGUCCACCAUAGUUUUUCUGGAUAAAAGAGUCUUCUUUAGUAGUAUUGAAGUAUUUAUGCAACUGGUGUGAUUGUGUCUACUUUAAAUUAUUAUGGUAUAGAAAAAGCGUGCUUAGAAACACAGUGAAAAUGGCGUGAAUGUGAAUGUCAAUACGUGUGAGGCCGUCUUCUCAAACGGCGGUCGUGAUAUCGGUUUUUUACCGAGACACUGUAUGUAAUUUAGUGUAAUGUGUUAGUGAACUUUUUAUCUACCUAUUGUGAACAGUGAACGUUGUUUAUUCUUGUGAACUCUAUGUGAAAUUCGACUCAAUUGCCGAGUCAGCUGUGAAGUGAUAUCAUGAACUGAGAACUGUCAAAACAGAAUAUGUGAAAACUCUGUUGUUUUGUUCAAGUUAUUUUAAGGCUGCAAUUCAGUAUUAUCAUACUGACCUUUGACCCCUGAAGUGACCCGCUAACUAUAUACAGUGUCUGGCGUACGAACGGUAUCGUCAUAAACGCCGUGAAAGAAACGUGUAACGACGGACCCUCACAUUGUUAGUAAAAAACCGUCAGGACAUUGACAAUACCAGACAAUAAUGUAAAUUUAAAGUGAAAACAGUAUAUAACUUUAUGGUGUGAUGAAGAUAAAUUUUAGUGUAUUAUUUUUGUGCUUGUUUGUAAUUUGUGAAAUGGCAUCCUUACCGCCAAGGUUUAGAAACCAAUUAAGAAGAACAUCACGCAGUUUGAUGUGCAGAAGUGCAGACAACAGUGUGAACAGUGUUGACCCCGGGAUUGUGCCAGUGGGCUUUCGGGUUCACAAUGAGUUGGGAGGCCCAGGUGGGACUGGAGACGCCUUUGUGCCAGGUGAUGGAACGGUUCCUAGUGGGGCCGGAGGCAGACGUUCAGGUGAACUUCCCAGUCGUGAGGGUGUGGAUAAUCCUAGGAAUGUUCUUCCUGACGAUGAUAUCAGACCAAUAGAUAGUAUCUCUAACGUACCUUCAAGAAAAACUGCCUCCACUACACUUUCAAAGUUGAAAUAUCAAGCUAUUCAAAAAGAAAUUGAAUUAAAGAAUCAACUGAUGACUUUAACAGAAAGAAAUAAAUUUGAAGAUGAAAGAAAAGAAUUAGAGAGCCGUUUAGAAUUUGAAAAAGUGGAAGAAGAGAUUCGACUAGCAUCUGAAAAAGCAGAACGGCUGCGUAGAGAACAUGAAUUAAAGGCAAGAUUAACAGAAAUUAACAGAAAAGAAGAAGAAUUGUUAUUGAGAUCUAAAUUAUCAAGUGCUGCAGAAGUUAAUAGAAUGUAUGUUCAGGUAGAUUCUGAAAUUUCCUUUAAAAGGCCUGUGCAACCUUUGAAUAACACUGGCCCUGUGAACAAUGCAGUGAACAUAUGUGAUCCUGUGACACCUGCUGUGAAUGCUGUAAGCAUGCGUGAUCCUGUGACACCUGCUGUGUACAGUAACAAUUCUUUUAACAUUCAUGAACCCAUGAUUGUACAACCCCCUAUAGUGAACAUUAACAAUCGUGUAAACAGUCCUAUAAACAUUAGUGAAAAAGAACAUGUGGAUGUGAAUCGAGAUACAGAAACCAUCAAUCAUAGUAUGACGAAAUCUGAGCCAGAAAUUUCUACUAUUUUAUCCAAAUUAAUAGACAGUCAAAGGGAACAAGCGUUACCAGCCCAAGAACUGAAACCAUUUAAUGGUUCAAAUAUAUUGGACUUUCCAAUAUUCAUGAAAAACUUUAAAUAUGUGGUAGAGAACAAUACUGUAGACCCAAGUCGUAGACUUGAACUGUUAAUAAGAUACACACAGGGCGAUGCCUACGAGUUGAUAAAGCAAUGUCCAAUGAUAGUGCCUGCAUCAGCAGCAUAUAUUAAAGCCAAAAACUUAUUGAACCGUGAUUAUGGAAACCCUUUUAUUUUGGCAGCUGCCUUUCGAAGUAAGGCAGAAACGUGGCCGAAAAUACUUAUAGGUGACAAAAGUGGACUUCGAAAGUAUUCCCUUUUCUUAAAUAACUGUUGUAACAUAAAACAUUCUAAUUCAGACAUGUCGUCCAUGGACAGCAGUGAAUUCUUAAAACUUUUAGCAUCUAAGUUACCAGUUUCAUUGCAACAGCAGUGGAUUGGUCGUGUAGGAGAUUUAAGGGAAAAUGGUAACAGAGCUCCAGUGUUGGAAGAUUUAGAGAACUUCGUCAGUAAGAUUUCAAGAAAUGAAAACGACCCCAGAGUGAGCGGUUUGGGUUAUCAAUUACGUACACCCACAUCAACUUUCCCUCAUGUUGCUAGUAACAAGAUUACGCAUCAGUCGCGUAAAAUAUUUUCGACUCAAGUCAAUAAAGUUAAUUUAGCAGCGCAACCUCCCUGUUUAUAUUGCUCGGGUAUGCAUUCUCUGUUCUCAUGUCGUAAAUUUAGUAAUUUGAAUAACAAUGACAAAUCGUUAGAAGUUAAAAAAAGGGGACUUUGUUUUGCAUGUUUGAACCCUAAACAUAUGAAAAGUGACUGCCCAAAUCCCCAGUGGGCUAAGUGUGAUAAAUGCAUCAGAAAGCAUACAACUAUAAUGCAUGACCCUACUAGAGAUGACAUUUCUCGUGACAAACAAGUAAGUACGUUGAUAUCUGGUGAAUCAAAAUCCUAUAACUCUAAAUCAUUUGUACCGAAAUCAGAACAUGAAAGUAAGGUAUCUUCUGGCUGUGUACUAGGCAAUACCAACCCCUUGAUGGCCAUUUUGCCUAUACUUAUUAAGCAUAAAAACAGUGAUGACUAUGUAGCAACAUAUGCAUUUGUUGACAAUGGCUCAGCUGCUAGUUUCAUAAAUUCUGAUCUUGCUCAUCGUUUAAAAGUCAGUGGACGAUCCACUUGUGUUACUCUCAAAACAUUAAAUUCUAUAGAAACUCUUAAAACUGAAAUUCUUGAUAAUUUACAAAUAAGCAGUCUCGAUUGUGAUCAGUUUUUAGAUUUACCUCCUACUUAUGUGAAGAAUGAUAUGCCUGUUGACAUGUGUGAUGUACCCAGAAAAGAUGAUUUAUAUGCUUGGAAACAUUUAAGUCACAUUAAUGUAUCAUAUAUUUGUGAAUUUCCUAAUUUUAUUCCAAAAGUUAGUCUAAUGAUAGGUGUGAACAUGCCUGCUGCUACAACGCCAUUAGAAGUGUGCACUGGUAACAUUGGUGAGCCUUAUGGGAUUAAAUCACCAUUAGGAUGGUUGUUAUAUGGUUUACCGGGUAAACUACAAAAUUCUUCUGCUUCAAUUAGUAUUAAUUUAUGCCGGAUUGAUGAUAGUCUCGAGCAACAAGUAAAGAAAUAUUUUAAUUUAGAAUUUAGUGAAAAGCUUUGUGAAGACAAGCACUCAUUGUCUAUUGAAGACAAACAGUUUUUGAGCAUUUUAACUAACUCUAUUGAAUUAAAAGACAGUCAUUAUCAGACUGAAUUACCGUUUCGUGACAGAUCAGUUAUUAUGCCUAAUAACAAACUUCAGGCUGAAGCAUUUGCCUACAGACUUGAAAAUAAACUCACGAUUUCUUAA